UAGCAGUCGGUACCGUGAAGUGAAGACGUCCGUCAGCGAGGAUUUGUGGGUUAUAAUUGGAUAAAAGUUUUUUUUAUAUAUAAGUGUUGGUGAAAAAACGCAAAACUCAUCAAAGAUCAAAGAGCAAUUUUUGAUGUGCAAAUUUUCGAAUCGUUUGUUCGCGCUCAAAACGAUUUGGGUGACGCGUACGGUGAUAUGUACGUUACUCCGGAAUAAUGAAGAUGAGAUAAUAACAUUAUCGUUUAGUGCGAUGUGUCGAGUGGACCGAAGCUGACGAGUCGUUUAAUCAGAUGACACCAGCACCCAUCAACGAAUUUGCAAUUUUGAGAACGAAAUUGUACAUAUAUUGAGAAAAAACGAAACGGAACGAGGUGAAUAAAUAUAUCGGACGAAAACAGUGAAUCAAAUAAAUUAUUGGUGGAACAAGAUCGCGCUCGAUUUCGUCUUGCAUGCGUCAUUGACAGGUGGUAAUGGGAAAAUGUCGCAGGCGGAUGUCCAAUGGUGUGCUACGUGAAGAAUCGUGAAUCGGUAAUUUUUCGAUAAUAAUAAACUUCACCGCAGUAUAAAUGAACAUAAUAAUAUAUUUCUAUAUACACAUAUAUGUAUAUUUGAAUAUAUUCAUCCCGCCUGCUUCGAGCAAAAUCUCCAAGUUUUUCAUAUAAAAUCGGUUUUGAUAAAACCGAUCGGAAAAAACUCUAUUUGCUGUAAUGAGCGAUUCGGAACAGCGGCAAUUGCACGUGCCUUAUCGAGAGUAUCACAGCCAAAAUAACACAAGCUCUGCUGUGGCACUUGUCGAAACGGAUGCCCUCGUCGAUCUUUCCAUCGGCAACAAACAAACAACAUUGCCAUCACAAGUUUGUCCUCUCAACAACGAAGAACCCUCGGAACUGUUGCCUGACGUUGAUUUUGUUCAAAAUCCAAGUAUUGACCAAGGCAUAGUCAUUGAUUCGCCGGGUAUUGACCGGGAGAGCCAGCCUCUCCUUGGUCGCCUCGAACUCGAUGUUGCCUUCAAUAGGUUUCCAGAUGAUCCACAAUUCUCGGAACUCGUAUGGCAGGCAGAAUGUGCCAUCGACGGUGGCAUUUACCCAGAGAGAAUAUAUCAAGGCUCCAGCGGAAGUUACUUUGUCAAGAAUCCUGGAGGGAAAAUCAUAGGGGUAUUCAAGCCAAAGGAUGAAGAGCCUUAUGGAAGACUGAAUCCAAAAUGGACAAAGUGGAUGCACAAAUUGUGUUGUCCGUGUUGUUUUGGAAGAAGUUGCCUCAUUCCGAAUCAAGGAUAUCUGAGCGAAGCAGGAGCGAGCUUGGUCGAUCGUAAACUGGGUCUCGGUGUAGUGCCAAACACGAGAGUCGUCAAGCUCGUCAGUCGAACCUUCAAUUAUCCUCGGAUAGAUCGUCAGAAAGCACGUAUGAAACAAGCCAUAAUGGAUCAAUUUCCAACGGUCGGUUGUCAGUUCAAACGUCUUGGAUUACCACCAAAAAUCGGAUCUUUUCAAAUUUUUAUGGACGGUUACAAGGAUGCUGAUUAUUGGUUACGGCGAUGGGAGAGUGAUCCUUUGCCUGCAAAACUUUCACGAAAUUUUCAGCUCUAUUUUGAACGUCUCGUCAUACUAGACUACAUUAUCAGAAAUACAGAUCGCGGUAACGACAAUUGGCUCAUCAAGUACGAUCCAAUCUUAACGAAGAAUUCCCCGGAGGCAAGCGAAGUGAAAAUCGCCGCGAUAGAUAACGGUCUCGCAUUCCCUUUCAAACAUCCGGACUCGUGGCGAGCUUAUCCUUAUCAUUGGGCUUGGUUGAGUCAAGCCAAAUUACCAUUUAGCGAAGCAACCAGAGAACUCGUAUUACCUCAGCUCUCUGAUCAAAAUUUCGUUCAAGAUCUCUGUGAUGAUUUGUAUCAAUUAUUCAAACAAGAUAAAGGCUUCGAUCGCCAUAAUUUUGACCGACAAAUGAGCGUUAUGCGUGGACAAAUUUUAAAUCUUCAACAGGCAUUGAAAGACGCGAAGAGUCCUGUACAACUCGUUCAAAUGCCUGCUGUUAUUGUUGAAAAGGCCAAAGGGACUGGAACGCCAAAGCUAUUUUCAUUCUCGGAUACCUUUACGCAGCGCUUCCAGAACAAAAGUCCCUUCUUUUCCUGGUGUUGAUGAUGAACAAGACGAAGAACCUCGAUUACGUCCUCGGUCCCUUUCCCAAUCCCUGUAUAUUAUUUUCCCAGAGCUCGGCCGGUUCCAGUACCAUGAAUUAUCUAUUGCGUUAACAUUAGAUAUUGCUUCAUUUUACAAAAUAUAUCGUUUCAAUUGGGAUAUAAAUAUUAUUCGUAUAACGAUAUUGUAUACAUUAAAUAUAUGUCAAGUUGCAAAAUGUCUCGUACAUUUGACGCUCUCUCUCUCUCUCUCUGCUUCGUUGAUCAGUAGUAUUUCAAGAUUUGAUUAAUCCUCGAUCAUGUCAUGCUUUCAAUUUAUGGGCGCAUAUAUUUUUUCGUUUGUAAACCGUAUCGAGUAUAGUGUACAAUUAUAAUUUACUGAAACCUA